AGGCGACGACCCCCGAGAAGGAAAACUGAGAACUGAAGAAAGCCAGGGGGCACCUGGCUGUGAGCUGUCACUGCUGCCCCGCGUCUCUUCCACCGACCGACGCUCUCACCCGCAGAGGCGGAUCUGACUGCGAGGACCGAGCCGCUCAGCUGAACCCCCCCACACCCACGCCACCUCCAAGACCCAUAGACGCGCGCGCUUCAGGCUUAAGCAGCCCUCCUCAUAUUCGGUCAGGUCUAGCACAUUGCUAUCUCUGAUCCAUCCAAAAUGGCUCCUACUCUGGCCACGGCCUUCUCCCGCCGCUGGUGGAUGGCGGUUACAGCAGUCAUUGAGAACCUGCUUUUCUCUGCUGUGCUUCUUGGCUGGUCGUCCCUGCUCAUCAUGCUCAAGUCGGAGGGCUUCUACUCUUACCUGUGCAAAGGACGAGAAAACAGCUCCAGCUUCAACUUCUCCAACACAUCCACCCCUGCAGCCAAAGGUGCAGAAGAAGAGUACUUGGAAAUGAACAGCUGGCCCAUCUGCAAAGACCAGGAUGAGAUGCUGAACCUGGCCUUUACUGUGGGUUCCUUCUUGCUGUCAGCCAUAACUCUGCCCCUGGGUAUUAUCAUGGACAAAUACGGGCCGCGGAAGCUGCGACUGUUGGGGAGUGCCUGCUUUGCCUUCUCCUGUCUUCUCAUCGCCUAUGGUGCCAGAGACCCCAACAAUCUGUCCAUCCUGAUCUUCUUCGCAUUGGCAUUGAAUGGGUUUGGAGGCAUGUGCAUGACCUUCACUUCACUGACGCUGCCCAACAUGUUUGGAGAUCUGAGGUCGACCUUCAUUGCCCUGAUGAUUGGAUCCUAUGCUUCCUCUGCUGUCACUUUCCCUGGCAUCAAGGUGAUCUAUGAUCUGGGUGCCACAUUCAUCUCCAUCCUUCUGGUUUGGGCCGGCUGUGCCUGCCUCGUCUUCUUGAACUGCUUCAUCAACUGGCCUUUGGAGCCCUUCCCUGGCCCAGAAGACAUGGACUUCACGGUGAAAAUCAAAUUCAGCUGGCUGGGAUUUGACCAUAAGAUCACCGGGAAGCAGUUUUAUCGGCAGGUGACCACAGUGGGACGCCGUCUGAGCGUAGGCCAUGCCAUAAAGCAGCAGGAGGCACCCUCCAAAGAGCUGUCCACACAAGAGGCCAACAAGCUGUGCCUGUCCACCGUUGACCUGGAGGUGAAUUGCAAGAGUCAGGAGGAAACUCAGAGCUUCAUGAAGAGUAUCUUCAGUCCCAUCUUCUUGCUGAGCCUUAUCACCAUGUGUGUGACUCAGCUGCGCCUCAUAUUCUACAUGGGAGCCAUGAACACUAUCCUGGAGUCCCUAACAGGCAGAGACCUCAGCACAGUGGAGAGGAUGGAAGUGGUGAGCGUGUACACCUCCAUCUUUGGCGUGCUCCAGCUCCUAUGUCUGGUCACCUCUCCUGUCAUUGGCUACGUCAUGGACUGGAAGCUUAAAGACUGUGAGGAUGAAAACGACAAGAGCACCAAGAGAGAGCCUGGGCAGCCCCGUCGCCCUGACAAACGGAUCCAGAAGAUCGUCAAUGCCACCAGAGCUUUUAUCUUCACCAACAUACUCCUUGUUGGCUUUGGAGUCACCUGCAUCAUCCCCAACCUCCCACUUCAGGUUGUCUCCUUUGUCCUGCACACUAUUGUGAGAGGCUUCAUCCACUCUGCAGUUGGCGGGCUUUAUGCUGCUGUGUAUCCAUCCUCUCAGUUUGGCAGCCUGACAGGCAUGCAGUCUCUGAUCAGCGCUCUGUUCGCCCUGCUCCAGCAACCUCUCUUCAUGGCCAUGGUGGGACCCCUGGAGGAAGACCCCCUAUGGGUGAACGUGGGUCUCCUGGUGCUGAGCAUGCUGGGUUUCUGCCUGCCCUUCUACCUGUUGUACCACAGCCGCCAGCUCCAGCGCCUCCGAGACGAACGUGACGAAGAUCCCAAGAUCUACGUUAAGAUGAACAACGGCAGCACGCCCGAGGCCUGCGUGUAGACGGGCAUGAAGACGAUUUUUACAAAGUAGAUGAGCUACACUAAAGAUGGAGGGGACUGAGGUCACGUUACUGUGGGACAUGUGACGAACGAAUUCACUCUGAGACCGCCGCACCUCACACUCACAAAUCGUACAUUCCGCAUGCUCACACAGAUGCACACACUUCCACCAUCAUACUGACACCCAUAUGUGACUGAACACCACUGUGACACCUCCUUCACCCUCUCUGUGAAGAACCCCUAACACACACACACACACACACACAUUCUUUCCACAUGGAGAGCUUUCAGUUCCUUGACUUCACCCGUGAACUGAGGAGAAAACUGACUAAAGGGAGAGAAAAGAAGCAGCUGCUUCAACCUCCCCAAAGGUUCCUCCUCUCUCACUUUUUUCUUCAUGUCUGCCAUUUUGUAUUUCAUGUUGGUUUAGCUUCUCCUAGUCCUACUUAAGAGACCACAGGAGAAGAAGAUGCCAAAACAAAUGUUAGUGGCAGUGUUCAAAGGUUUUAGACAUUUGCUUUAUGAUUGCCCAGGAUGGUCUGGUUUUUGUUUCGGUGAGAAGAAGCACACAUACUCAGACCCACUCAGCACGGAGAUGCUGGGCCACGGCAUCUCCGUGCUCUCUUGUGCACAAGGGCAUUAACUCAAUAAGAACCCACAGACAGCAGCACUGGUAGCAGUUUAGAUGGAAACCUGGACAGGUUUGAGCUCAGCGCACGAUACAUAGCCUCAGUGUGUGCGUGACUGGGUUAGACACACACUGCAUGAUGCCAGCGAUGGUGCUGGUCCUUUAUUACUGUUGCCAUUAUUUUCUUUUGUUUUGUUUCUUUGUCCAUAUGUUUGAAAUAUGUAACCUUUUUUUGUAUUUACUUGCAAUAUGAUCUUGUGUGUUAGGUGUUUAUUUCUUUUGCAUGAUCUCAAGCUAUUAAGGUGGAAAUGAUUUUAGACAUUGUGUUUUCAAAGGUUGGUGUGGUUGCUAGGUGAACUUUAGGAUCUUGAUUGGUUGUAGCAAUAAGUCUUCAGCGAGGUAUAACAUGCUGAAAUCCAGACAGACAGGACAUUCAGUGGACUGCAUUUCCAAAUCACAAAAAGGUGCUAGUUUAAUCACAGAAAUGUGUCCGUUGCAUUUGCUUUAAGGCACUGUUAAGGUCAUCAGAUUACCAACUUAAGGCAUGUUCCAAAGAAUCAGUCAGAUUAUGUUUUGCUUGGUAUCACUUCUGCUCGGUCACACAAACUCUGGGAUUCUUGAAUUCACCUCUUACAGACAAAGGGAGAUUUAGCUUGAUGGUAGCAGAGUGAAACAGACACAAUCUUCCAGCUUCUGAGGAAAGACACCAGCGUUCUGAGACUAAGUACAGACAAUAAAGCAGUCUUUGUCUUUCAAGCAGAAGCCCAGAACAGAAGCAUGGAGUGUGUAGACGAUGGAGCAGGGAGAUAAUAAUUCAGUCUGCUGUCCUCAAAUGUCAUACAGAGAAGCUCCUCUGACACGCCCCGCCCCCAACUUGCAGUACGGUGACAGAGGCACAUCCAAAGACAGCCUCAUGACCCUCAGAGUUCCUCACUGUGAUAGGGGUAGUGGAUCUGGGUAGCAUUUAGCCCCGCUCUUCCUCCCAUCUAGCCAUCAUCCAUUCAUCUAUCCUUUCAUCUGUGCUACCUACUCAAGCACACCUUAAAAUGUUUACUGACAGAACUGAGAGACAAAGCUCUGCAGCCAUCAUAUGCUCCCAGCGAAUGACUUCAUUAAGACAAGAACGGCACACGAUGCACUUUAGAGCCUCUAAAAUGGACCUGCCUGCCCAUGUAUCUAUCACACAGUGCAUGGCUGCUUAUGGAUGGUGCAUGAUGCAAAGAAUGUAGACUGAACUUAAAAUCUAGAUUUGUAAUUUACAAUUCAGUUAUUUUUGUAUAAUGCCCUUGCUUCACACGUUCCUUUUAUUGCCUUUUUGUGCUUGGACAGUGGGGCAGAGACUCGUCUUUCAGUUCUGCAACCUUCACAGGACGAACCAGUCGCAACAAUCUCAUCCUUGAUGAACUAAUUAAGGUUUAAA